AUGGCCCGAUUAGUACUGUUACGGGGCGGGCUUGGACCAGAUAAUUUUUUUCCACAAAACAGCGGGCGUAGCGGGCAUGGUUUGUCCGUUGCGGGCUACAUCGUUGAAUUAGGUAGCGUUUACAAAGUCUCGACUUCACCGAGACAAAGACUCAGCGUAUUCCUAGUUUCACAACUCAAAUUCUCAUAUCAUCCAUCAACUAUCACAACUUCAGGUCUUGAGAUCCAGAAAUCUGCAAUGGAGUCACGUGAUUCUUGCAAUCUUAGAUCGUUAGAUGUGGAGUCACAGAGAAUUGUUGAUUCUGCAAAUGCUGAAAACGAACGAGAAAUUGAGAUCAAUGAGGAUGAUGAUGUUAACAAAGAAAAGUCACCAUUACAGAGGAAGAGAAAACAGUCUAAUCGAGCUAAAACAUCAAAGCCUAGUAAAAGGUCAUCCAAUGAAAUUGAAAUCGAUGAUGAUGAUGAUGAUGGUGACAAAGGAAAAUCACCACAACAGAGGAAGAGAAGGCAGACUGAUGGAGCUGAAACAUCUAAGCCUAGUAAAAGGUCAACCAUUGAGAUCGACGAUGAUGAUGAUGAUGGUGAUGAUGGUGACAAAGGAAAUUCACUACCAAAGAAAAAAAGAAGAUAA